AUGUAUGUCUUUAAAAGAGAUGGCCGUAAAGAGCCAGUCCGUUUUGAUAAAAUUACUGCCAGAGUGCAAAGAUUAUGUUACGGUUUAGAUCCAAAUCACGUCGAACCGGUCGCCAUUACCCAAAAAGUCAUUUCUGGUGUUUACCAAGGUGUUACUACUAUUGAAUUAGAUAACUUAGCUGCUGAAAUUGCUGCUACUAUGACUACCGUGCAUCCAGAUUACGCUGUUUUAGCAGCCAGAAUCGCUGUCUCCAAUUUACAUAAACAAACUACCAAACAAUACUCCAAAGUUUCUCAAGCUUUAUACGAAUAUGUCAACCCAAAAACUGGUUUACAUUCUCCUAUGAUUUCUAAAGAAACUUAUGAUAUUAUCAUGGAACAUGAAGAUGAAUUGAACUCAGCUAUUGUUUACGACAGAGAUUUCAAUUACAACUACUUUGGUUUCAAAACCAUGGAAAGAUCAUAUUUGUUACGUAUCAACGGUAAAGUUGCUGAAAGACCACAACAUUUAAUUAUGAGAGUUGCUAUUGGUAUUCACGGUAAAGAUAUUCCAAGAGUUAUUGAAACUUAUAAUUUGAUGUCACAAAGAUAUUUCACACACGGUUCCCCAUGUUUGUUCAAUGCCGGUACCCCAAGACCACAAAUGUCUUCAUGUUUCUUGCUUGCUAUGAAGGAUGAUUCCAUUGAAGGUAUUUACGAUACUUUGAAAUCAUGUGCUUUAAUUUCCAAGAGUGCUGGUGGUAUUGGUUUGCACAUCCACAACAUUCGUUCCACUGGUGCUUACAUUGCUGGUACUAAUGGUACUUCCAACGGUAUUAUUCCUAUGGUCAGAGUUUUCAACAACACUGCUCGUUAUGUUGAUCAAGGUGGUAACAAGAGACCAGGUGCUUUUGCUUUAUACUUGGAACCAUGGCACAGUGAUAUCUUUGACUUUAUCGAUAUUAGAAAGAACCACGGUAAAGAAGAAAUCAGAGCCAGAGACUUGUUCCCAGCUUUGUGGAUCCCAGAUUUGUUCAUGAAGAGAGUUGAACAAAACGGUGACUGGACUUUGUUCUCUCCAAAUGAAGCUCCAGGUUUGUCAGAUGUCUACGGUGAUGAAUUUGAAGAAUUAUAUACCAGAUACGAAAAGGAGAACCGUGGUAGACAAACCAUCAAAGCCCAAAAAUUAUGGUACGCUAUCUUGAGUGCCCAAACCGAAACUGGUACUCCAUUUAUGUUGUAUAAAGAUGCUUGUAACACCAAGACUAACCAAAAGAAUUUGGGUGUCAUCAAAUCUUCCAACUUGUGUUGUGAAAUUGUUGAAUAUUCUGCUCCAGAUGAAGUUGCUGUUUGUAACUUGGCUUCCAUUGCAUUGCCAUCUUUUGUUGAACACGAUGAAAGCAAUACUUGGUAUAACUUUGAAAAAUUGCAUGAAGUUACUAAAGUUGUCACUCGUAACUUGAACAGAGUUAUCGAUCGUAACUACUACCCAGUUCCAGAAGCUGAAAGAUCUAAUAUGAGACACAGACCAAUUGCUUUGGGUGUUCAAGGUUUAGCUGAUGCUUUUAUGUCUUUGAGAUUGCCAUUUGAUUCUCAAGAAGCUAGAGAAUUAAACAUUCAAAUCUUUGAAACCAUUUACCAUGCUGCUGUUGAAUCUUCUAUUGAAUUAGCUGCUGAAGAAGGUGUCUAUGAAAGUUACCCAGGUUCUCCAGCUUCUCAAGGUUUAUUACAAUUUGACUUGUGGAACAGAAAACCAACUGAAUUAUGGGAUUGGGAUACUUUGAAACAAAAGAUGGCCAAACAUGGUUUGAGAAACUCCUUGUUGGUUGCUCCAAUGCCAACUGCUUCUACUUCACAAAUCUUGGGUAACAAUGAAUGUUUCGAACCUUACACUUCCAACAUUUACUCUAGAAGAGUUUUGGCUGGUGAAUUCCAAAUUGUCAAUCCAUACUUGUUGAAGGAUUUGGUUGAUUUGGGUAUUUGGAAUGAUGCUAUGAAGAGUAACAUUAUUUCCAACAAUGGUUCGAUCCAAGGUUUGCCAAACAUCCCAGAUGAAAUCAAGGCUUUGUACAAGACUGUUUGGGAAAUUUCACAAAAACAUAUCAUUGAUAUGGCUGCUGAUAGAGCUGCUUUCAUUGAUCAAUCUCAAUCUUUGAAUAUUCACAUUAAAGAUCCAACUAUGGGUAAAUUGACAAGUAUGCAUUUCUAUGGUUGGAAGAAGGGUUUGAAGACUGGUAUGUACUACUUGAGAACUCAAGCUGCUUCUGCCGCUAUUCAAUUUACUAUUGACAAAUUGGUUGCUGAAAGUGCUGGUCAAACUGUUGCCAACUUGGACAAAUUACACAUCAAGAAGUAUGUCAACAAAGGAAGAGUUGGUGAAGAAAAUACAAGUGAUGCCCCAAGAUCAAAAUCACCAUCUACUGAACCAACAUCAUUGGAAAAUUCAAUUGCUGAUUUGAAGAUCACUGAUAACAAACCAGCUGAAACCCCAGCUGAAACCAAAGAAGAAGAACCAGUUGAUAACAGAACCAUUGAAGAAAUUGAAAACGAUAUCUACAGUGCCAAAGUAAUUGCUUGUGCUAUUGAUAAUCCAGAAUCAUGUACCAUGUGUUCUGGUUAG